AUGGCACGGACCUUCUAUAAUUCCCCCACACCUGGUGGACGAGGUCAUUCUCUAUCUCCAGGCCCGACAUCUCGCUCUCCUGCUCUAUCAGACUCCUCUUUGGACGACGAUACUAUGGAGCAAUCUCUUGACUAUAAUGUCAUGGCCCGUGUGCCGACCAGUUCGAGAGGCGGAUCACCCAGUGCCGGUGGGAGUUACAUACCUGAAAUCCCGGGUGUGAAUGUCUUCGACGACGACACCGUUACUUGCGAAUGGGAGGAUUGUGGAACUGUGUUUGACCACCUUCCCUCACUCAUCGACCACAUACACAAUGAUCACAUCGGCGUACACAAGUCGAACUAUACCUGUGAAUGGGCCACUUGCGUUCGUCGUGGACUUGCCCAAACAUCCCGCUUUGCUCUCAUCUCUCAUAUUCGCUCACAUACCGGCGAGAAGCCCUUCAUCUGCCCACGGCCAGAGUGCGACAAAUCAUUCACUCGCUCUGACGCCUUGGCCAAACACAUGCGCCUGCAACACAAUAUCAGCCCACCACUCCCUGGAAGAGGCGCGACUAAGAAGCGAAAGAGAGGAGAGAAGGAUGAUGUGAUAGAUGUUGAAGGCGGGACCCCUGGCGGAUCAGUGGGGCCGGGAAGAGGUGCAGGAGAUCGGGAUGGGUAUACGACGUUCAAGUUGCAUGAGCCUGGUUCUCCGCUUGAUGUGACGCCGGGAAAUGGAGAAUACGACGACAGAGGCUCACCACAGCCCGACGAUUACUUCUCCACACUGCCCCCUCGCCGUUCUCCCUCACCCGAAAUCGACGAUCCCCAUGACGGGAUACCUCGUCAUCUGCUGGAGGCUAUGGACCUCAAUACCGGUUUGAUCAUGGGUCGUAGUCCGGAGAUGGUGAAAUAUCUGAUCAUGAAGGCGAAACAUAGGUUCGCGCUUAGGGAGAAUGAGGGUUUACUUGAGGAGCUAAGGGUCGUGCGGAUAAUGGAGGAUGAGGAGAAGGAGGCGAAGGAUGUGGCACUGGAUAACGUGUUGAACCAUGAGAUGGGCCCAGGAGGUAGUCAUCUACUUUCGACAAGGGCGCAGACGAGAUCAUUCAGUCCUUAUCCGCCCCCACAGCAGUAUUAUCCUCAAGAGGUGUAUCGGUAA